UUUCUGUACUUUACGCGAAUCGUCCAAUUCUUUUUUUCUUUCUUUUUGGGUUUUUCCUUUCGUUAAUGUUUGCCCGUUUCUUUUUCUUUUUCCUUUUUGUUGAUAUUUUUCUGGUUUCUUCAUUGCUCGUUCUUCGAAUUGGAUACUGGGAUUGUCUUUUAGCUGCUGAAACCAGCUCUUUUCUUUCCAUCUCUGUGCUUUUGAGUUUUUAGGAAUUGCAAAUUAGUAAUUCGUAUGCAAUUGUUAAGUCCUUAAAGCGAUGAAAGCAAAGUAUCUUGUCGCCUUAAAUUGAAGAAUGGCUGAACAAUGAAAUUCCGUUGCUUCAUUUUCUCCAAUCUUUUCUUUCAUAGGUUCUGGCUGCAUGUGGAACUUCUGCGACAAAUCUGAAUUACUGCAGUUUGAAAACCUGCCAUUUAAAUGCUCCAUAUAUCAAUGAUUCAAGCAAACAGUUUGGGGAAUGGACUGGCCAUAUUUUCUUGGUCUGAGUGCUUGUGAAUGAUGUCCAGUGGACAGAAGGGUGCAAAUGCUCCUAAUAUAUUCAAGUGGAAAUGGAAUGGGGAAUCAUCAUUAACCAAAGAACUGCUAAAUGAUGUACCUCCUGAGAUUGAACUGUCAGACUACAGAAGGCUACCAAGUUCUGGUAGUGAGAGCCCUUCUGGGCUACUCAAUGGUGAGGGUUUGAAGGUAGAACCUAUUACUGAUUUGGACCUUUUCUUUGAAAGGCUAUAUAACUACUAUUGUGAAAAGGGACUGUGGUGCAUAAUCAUUAAGUGGAUUGUUGAACUCUUAAGCCUUGGGUUCACCAUAUGUUUCUCCGGAUUUUUCCUAUUAUUUGUUGAUUGGGACGGACUGCGCAAGGCAAAGUGUGGAUUGGAUGCAGUGGAAUCAGGAAUGAAGCCCUGUGAUCUGGCUAAGGAGGCUCUUCACCCACACCCAUUAACUCCCUUCACACUUUCAAAGGGUAUCAUUGUUGGGUAUCUGGGUAUAUUUUCUGUCUAUUGGAUCUUCUGUUUCUUGAGGUUCUUUGCACAAUUGAAGGACACAUUAGAGAUCAGGAACUUCUACCAUAAUAGUCUCCAUGUUUCAGACCGUGAAGUUCAAACAAUGUCAUGGGCAUCAAUUCUUGAAAAGGUUGUUCAGAUACAGAGGUCACAGCAACUUUGUGUGGUUAAGGAUCUCUCUGCGCAUGAUGUGGUAAUGCGAAUAAUGCGGAAGGAGAAUUACUUGAUUGGAAUGCUUAACAAAGGUGUUCUUGCUUUUCCAAUCUCUCAGUGGUUCCCAGGUGCUGGUCCUGCUGUCAACUCUGGAAAAAAUGGAAGGAAAAAUCAUUUAAUACUAACUAAAACUCUUGAAUGGACCUUAAACUGGUGCAUACUGCAGAGCAUGUUUGACAGAAACUUUUGCAUUAGAAGAGACUUUAUUUCAAACCCUUCCUCAUUAAAGAAGAGGCUUAUGGCAGUUGGGCUUGGGAUGCUUCUACUUUCUCCAUUUCUGGUCAUAUUUAUGUUGGUUUAUCUCUUCUUGAGGCAUGCUGAACAGUUUUAUAACCAUCCAAGCACUGCAUCAUCUCGAAGGUGGUCAAAUCUCUCAAAGUGGAUCUUUAGAGAAUUUAAUGAGGUCGACCAUUUGUUCAAACACCGUAUCAAUAGUAGUGUAACACAUGCAGCUCAGUAUCUAAAGCAGUUUCCAUCACCUAUUGUUGCUAUUGUUGCCAAGUUCAUCUCUUUUGUCUCUGGUGGCUUCGCUGCUAUUCUGAUCAUCAUUGCAUUCCUGGAGGAAUCUCUAUUAGAAGGACAUAUAUUUGGUCGCAACUUGUUCUGGUAUGCUGCUGUCUUUGGAACUGUAACAGCUAUUAGCCGAGCUGCAGUAACCGAUGAACUUCAGGUGUUUGACCCUGAAGGGGCAAUGUCUUUGGUAGUCCAAUAUACACACUAUAUGCCAAAGAGAUGGCGUGGUAAAGAGAAUACUGAUAUGGUCCGCCUGGAGUUUGAAACCUUAUUUCAGUACACUGGAAUGAUGUUGGUUGAGGAGAUGGCUUCAAUUUUCCUCACCCCCUACUUACUCCUAUUCAUUGUACCACAGCGUGUGGAUGACAUUUUGCAGUUCAUUUCAGAUUUCACAGUGGAUAUCGAAGGUGUAGGUCACGUUUGCAGCUUUAGCGUCUUUGACUUCGAAAGCCAUGGAAAUAGAAACUUUGGCUCACCAUACAGUGCACCUCACACCCAACGGAGCUCCCAGGGGAAAAUGGAGAAAUCAUUCUUGAGUUUCCAGAGCAGCUAUCCAACCUGGGAACCAAAUUCUCAGGGGAAGCAAUUCUUAUCUACUCUUCGCAGUUUCAAAGAGCAGAAAUUGCAAGGCCAGGGAAUUCCACAGGGACAUUCACCUCCCAGAACUUGGCAAUUUAGCUUAAAUCCAAGAGGUCAAGGUGACAUGCACAGUAUUUUCUCAAAGGAUGCACUCUACAAUAACAUGGGAGGACUUCCCAGAACAGGCUAUCAGUUAGGUUCUUUAUGGCUGACAGAUGUAGAACAGAAAAAUCACCCAUAUUUGCUUGAUUGGUAUUACAUGUCUCGUCCUUCACAUACGGCUGAUAAUUCAAAAACUACUCCAGCUCUACACUGUGAAGUCGAUGAAGAUCCUAGUAGGAACCUUUUCAUGCCAUUUCACAAUGCCACCGUGCAAAUGGAACCAAGGUUGGAAGAGAACUGGAGAUACCCCUUGGAGGACAGAUUACAAAGUCAUCUGGGUGCAUCUAGCUCAUCAACUCCUUUCCUCCGAGAAAGUGUGUUUCAAUACCAUGGCUCAGAUCAUCCAGAACAUCCCACUGAGAGCCAUUGGUGGGCCCGAACAGGUCCACAUUCCAGGGAUCCCCAGACAAGUUUUCUUGAGCCUCCUAGUUUUGGCCAUCAUACCUCAAAUCACCCUUAUGACAAUUUCUCUGAUAGAAGUUCAGAGCAAGAGCAACAUUUGGACUGGAGGAAUUCUCGUUCAUUAUCUAAAACUGUGUACAUGGAUGACUAUGAUCUAGAUGGAGAAUUCAAUCUCCCAUUCAAUGAUAUUUAUAGUAAGCCAUUGGGAACCCUUUCUACAAGACCAGAGUCCCAAAGUAGUGAGUGAUUAAUUGCAGAUGCACAAAUUUCUGCUAGUUGAAUGGGUUGUGGAUUUCCAAUGUGGUCUCUUAUGUCUUUUCUACUUGAGGGAGGAAGCUUGAUAUUCUUUUUUGUACAUAAAUUUCAUAGCAAAUGCUGAAUGGGUCUUCUCUCAAUGUGCUUCAGGAUAGUGGCCUAAGGAUCCAAAAAGCCACUAUAAACCUGUUGCAGUUGUAAACACAUAAGUUAAUUCAUGAUCCCAAUUUCAUUCCAUUUUAGAUGUUUGAUCA